CAUUGAGAAGGGGGUGCAGUCUGGAGAUGCAGACCUUCCCUCUAUGGCAGACAGCAUUCCGGUUGUCACCGAACUUCCUAACAUGGCGGAAUAGAAGCGGUUUUCCUUUAAAUGCGGACCGUGCCCCUGAAGCACUGAAGUCCGCCGCCUCUCGUUUGUCCCACCUCCGGUUAGGAGAAUCCCAAAAUGGUAUCUAAGCCGGCAUCCUGGCCUCUUCCGACCUUCCAAACAUGGCGAAAACCUCCAAAUUCCUCCGCCUUCCUUUCUUCCUAUCACGGUUCGAAGUCAGCCCGCCUCUCCCCAGCUUGUCGAGCCGCUACGGCUCUGUUUUGGCGCUCCGCCCCUCCUUGGCGUCUGUCUGUAGCCGCUGGUGAGAAGACUGAGGAGACGCUGGCGGACCUGAGGCCGGCAGAGGCUUCCUCGGCUUUGAGGAAGGCGGCAUGUGGCCAGCGGGAAAGGUGCCUGGAGGCUCCCCGGCGGUCUUUUACGGGGUGCUGGCGGCUCUCGUGUUGCUGGGUGUCCGGGACGUGCUUUUCCAGUACGAGGAGAACCGGUGCAGUAUGACCUACAUGUUCGAGUAUCCAGAGUACUUGAAAAUAAAGCUUCCUAGGAAAAUAGCCAGACGUUUUCCAGCAUAUGAGCUCUAUCUCUAUGGGGAAGGAAGUUAUGCAGAACAAAAUAGAAAUCUGUUGUUAACUGGAAUUCCUGUUCUCUUCCUGCCUGGCAAUGCUGGGAGCUACAAGCAAGUACGUUCACUUGGGUCAAUAGCACUCAGAAAGGCAGAAGAUGUUGACUUCAAGUAUCAUUUUGAUGUCUUCAGUGUCAACUUCAAUGAGGAACUUGUUGCACUCUAUGGUGGAAGUCUAGAAAGGCAGGCUAGAUUUGUGCACGAGUGUAUUAAAGUAAUUCUUAAGUUGUAUAAGGGCCGGGGGUUUGCGCCACGUAGUGUUGCAAUAGUAGGUCAUUCCAUGGGUGGUCUUGUUGCAAGAGCGCUGCUGACUCUUAAAAAUUUUAAGGUGGAACUUCUUAAUGUCCUUGUUACUCAAGCCACGCCUCACAUUGCACCUGUAAUGCCUUUAGACCAAUAUCUUACUGAUUUUUACAUAGCUGUAAAGCAGAACUGGAUUCAGAAAGCUCAAGAAAUAAAGAAUCUAACAACUCUUUCUGUGGCGGGAGGAUUUCGAGAUUAUCAAGUUCGUUCAGAAUUGGCUUUUCUGCCCCGAACAAGUCAUCAAAGCAGUGCCUUAUCUGUUGCGAGUUCAGCAGUUCCUCGUGUCUGGGCUUCAACAGACCAUCUCUCCAUAGUUUGGUGUAAAGAAUUGAUCUUGGCCACCAUCCGAGCCUUUUUUGAUCUUAUUGAUGAAAACACUAAACAGAUAACAGAAGAUCCACAAAAGAGAAUGCUAGUCUUAAAUCAUCACUUUCUGAGGCAUCCUGCUAAAUUCUUUGAAGAAAAGCCUGAAUCUGUUACUGAACUAUCAGGAGAAUUAAAUUGGAUCCAGAUAAAAACGUCAAAUUGGUCCUAUACCAUAUACAAUGAAUCGGAUGGAAAAUAUUUUAUUUUCCCCCUCUCGAACCAUCGAAAAACAUACACUCAUGUCUACUGUCAAAGCAGUAUGUUGGACACAAAUAGUUGGAUAUAUGGCUGUAUAAACAAUACCUCAUCUAUGUGCCUGCAAAGUGUUGAUUUGACUUGGAAAGCUGAAUUACUGCCAACAAUUAAGGCUGUGACUCUGAAACUUCAAGACUAUCCUUCUUUGACUCAUCUUGUACUUCAUGGACCAGCCGUCAAUGGUAAUAAGUUUACUUUGGACUGCGAGUUCUUUAAUGAAGCUUCAAGAACAGUGCAACUUCCUGUGACACAGCUUUUUACUUUUGGGCUUACUUCAAGCAAAAUCGUAUUAAAUUCAACUGGCCUUAUUCACAAGGUUCAGCUCCAACAUUUUGGUCAGAUAUAUCAAGCUUUUAAGAUUCUUAUAGAGAGCCGCUGCCAGUCACUUAGAGAAAGAAAACCCAGUGUGUACCAACUUCAUAUACCAUGGUCAAAUGAAGACUCUUUAACUUUGUCACAGGUUCCAUCUUCAACUGAGAUUUCUGCAAAACUACACAUUUCACAGCCUGAAAAUGACACUGCUGUUCCAUUGCUGAAUAUUUAUUCAUCUUCAGAUUGUCAAUAUGAAGUUACUAUCAAGACCUCUUUUCUGCAAGUUCUUGGUCAGGUAUUAAGAUUCCAUGGUGGCAUCCUUCCUGUGUACAUUAUUUCUAAUAUUCUUCUUGCUUAUGGAAGACAGUUAAGGUCCCUAAUUUCAACAGGCCAUUGUUUAGAUUUUGUUCCUGCACUCACUAAAGCCGCCAAACCCUAUAUAGUAGAACCCAUUGUUAAUAUUGUUAAAUUCUUAUUGGGGCUUAACUGGCUAAAAGGAAUUUGGGAUAUAUUACUAUUGCCAGAGCUGGAUGCUGUUACAGUGAACAACCAGGACUUGUGGUUUCCUUUUGUAUCUCUGAUGCUCUUUAUGUUUGGAAGUGGCAUAGCUUAUUGGGGUGGCAUACUCUUCAAUUCAUCUCUAAGGAUCUUAUCCUCAUUGUACUUAGCUUUGACCAGACCAUCUGGACUUCCAUCAGACAACAGUUUGAUUACACGAAGAAUGAUCUGUGUAGCUGCUUCCAUGGUUUUUCUUAGCUGGGCUACGUGUGGGGCAUUGGCAAUAUUAAUGACUUAUUUUCAUUACAUCUUCAAGGUUAUUAAGCUACAUUCAAAUGUCAGAACAGAGCUAAGUGUCCUUGAUACGUCGCCAAAGAACUUUGAACAAAGUUCACUUUAUUCCAAAAAAGAAGUGGGAAAGAACUGUGGAUCAGUGGAUGGCCUUUCAGAUGCAGCAACAUCAACUAUCAGCACCACAGCCAUUGACAGUAUUGUAGAUAGUAUUAAGAUGCAUGUCACAGUCAUCAAUUUGCUCACAUGGAUUGCGCUGCUCAGUUGUCCAUCUUUAAUUUAUUGGCUAAAUAAUCUCAGGUACCAUAUCAGACUUGAUCCUGAUCCAUGUAGAUCUGUUGCUUUUUUCCUCACACCCAUUUUGGGGAUACUCAUGAAUGCAAGUACUCCUAAAGUUAAAACAAGUAAACUGUUGAAGAUCGCAGUACAUCUUCCACUUCCUUUGUCUGUUGCUGUUGUGGUGUUCGCACCAAUGCACUUAUACAGAGUGUCAUACCUCAUAAUCAUUCCUCUUUUUCUUCAUGCGUUAUGCUGCAUUGUGUAAAACUUUAGUUUACCAAAGCACUGGACCCACCGGCAAGAUGUGUGGGAAUCUGAAUAAAAGACAAUCUGGGACAAAAUUAUAAUACCAUGAACAUUAAUCUUCUGUUAAUAGCAGAAGUGAAAACAGUGUUGGGUACACAGGAUGUUGUGAGAGUGAUUCCAUUGGAAAACAUUGGAUUUUGUACUUUACUGUUUGUCUUUUUAUAGUUGUAGAAAUUUAUAAUUCAGGUGACACAGCAUUUUUAAUCUGCCUCUAACACUGGUGACAGACAUGACUGCUUUAUUUCCUUGGUGUUGGAGCAGAGUUUUUAUUUUGUUUUUCAGGAAAUGUGCAUUUACAUAUCCCAUACGCUGUUCAGAAUGAAGCACAUUAACUGUUGUCAACAAAUGACUGAAAGCAAACUGUCUCAAACUCAAAAGCCAAUGAGACAAUCCAAAAGUUUCUAACCCUUUAUAGGCAGCUGUCAUAGCUUUUGUCCUUCCUUGGGUCUAUACUAAGCUAUAAACCUGUUGCUGUUAGACUGUUGGUGACAAAUCCAAAGCUAUUUCACAGCCUGAAAAUGUUCGAGAUCAAUGAAAGUGGUGGCGGUCAGUACAUCAGUGUAUAUUCAACGUAACAUAAUUUGCUAAGUAUACCAGCAGAUGCCUAUGGUUUUUGUACUAUUAAACUGCAAAUCUGAAGCUCA